AUGACUGUAUCAAAAGAAAGUUCGCAACCAUCAAAGCAUGAUCUGAUAUGUGAAAAGUCAUUAAAAAUCGCUAUGGAAGAAAUAACCGAAGGCAUAGAAACUAUUGAGUUGGCAGUUAAUGAUGAACCAUGUUUAAUUUCAAAUGGCACGAAUUUAGAUACAAACAAUGUGUCGCACCUCAAUUCAAAUGCACAUGAAUCACUGCAUGCAUCUAAUACUAAUAUUGCCCUGAUGCCCAUGUCUAGAAUGUUAUCGGUUUUACGCACAAGCAUAGAACAUACGAAAUCUGAUUACAUUACUAAUCGACGUCCCAGCGUUGACAGUAUGUUACAGACGCAGCAAUCACAGGCGUACAUGCCAAGUCCCACGCAUAAAUCGCCAUUGAAUUUUAAUGCUACACAAGCCUGCAGUCCUAGUGUCAGUGAACGACGUAAUUCUGGUAGCGCAGUACGUCGCUCAUCAAUAACUACACCUGACAGCGGCAUCGCUAGUCACACACACUCUGCACAAUUUACGCAAACGUUAAGUCCUCAUAAAAAUAUAUUUUCACCUACACCUACACCUGCGGUUGUAAAAAGUUUUUCUGAUAAAUCUGUCAACUCUUCGCCAAAGCAUAUGGUUUCGUCGGUAACAUCGCCGAUUGAAUCCAUGAGUUUCAUGACUAGAGAACAUGUCUUAAAGCAGGAAAUUGAUCAGUUGCAGGAAAAACUUAAAGAUACUGAAGAACGUUUACAGUCUUUGCGCAUACAGCAUGACUCUUUAGCGCAGUUGCACCGUGAUUUGCGUGACAAUAGUUCACAUUUACAGGAGGAAUCGGAAAUGCUGAAGUUAGAUGUGCAACACUUGACAGAAUGUGCAAACGUUUUGCGUACGGAACUGAAAGCAGCGCGUAAUGAUCGCAGUGAAGCUUUGGAAUUACAGAAAGCAUUGCAAACAGAACUAGAAGAAACUCGACAAGACAAAAAACGUGCACAAGAACUGAAAGAAAAAGAUACUAAAGUUAUACAGGAUUUGCAACGGCAAUGUCGGGAAAUGGAACGUAUUUUGAUGCGUAAACAUCCUGACUCUGUUUCCGCAUUGAUAGUUGCUUCUAAAAAUCCUGGAAAAUGUACUAGCAACGAUCAAGAGAAUUUAAAUAGUCGCAAACUAUUGGAACAACGUAUAGCACAAUUGGAGGCAGAUGCCAAAGCACAGGAUCUCAAAGCACAACAAAUACUGGCCAACGUACAAGCGCGCUUCAACUCAGUACAAGCAAAAUAUGAAACACAUAUUGCUGAUUUAGAAACACAAGUCUUAAGUUUACAAGAAAUCAACACAAAAUUAAAUGAAAAGAUAGAAUCUCAAGUGCGUACACUCGAUUAUUUUGUUUCGAAAAAAUCUGAGCAGUACUACAAUAAUUCUACACAAACUGAUGAUAUUAAAAUUGUUGAAGAAGAGACAGAAAACACUAGUUCUACAGUGCGAGUAACUACGUCGGCCUGCACACAAACAGCCAACACAAAAACUUCUACACGAGAUCAUAGCACAAAUACCAUCGGCACCUCUAAUCAGCAUUCAGCAAGCUCCACAAGCCCAACUACGGAUCUCAAUGACUUGCGUCAAACGCCUGUUUCCUAUCAUGAUCACCAUUUUCAAAUGUCUGCCUAUACGCCGCUCAAAAAAGAUGCACAUCUUUUGGCCACAUUAGCGGUAUUCGUUGAUUUGCCAUUAAGAAAGCCAUUAAGCGCUGACACUCAAAUGAGUUCUUGGUACGUUUCAGAUAUUGCCACAUAUCCAUCAUCAGUGAGAUUUGGAACACUUAAAUCAGACAAACCACACAGCACGCCUAGUACACUUUCAAGACGUCAUUACGAUGCAUCGCAUAAUGCAGAUCAAACUCCAGCAAACACCGAGAGUCAAGCACUUAAGGAAGCACAAAAUAAGAUAAAACUACUGGAAGCGGAUUACAAGACGCUGCAUGACAAGCGUCUGCAAGAUCUGAAAUCUCUUCAAACUGCCCAUGAACGUGAACUCGCCUCAUGUCACGAAACCGUACGCAUUUUACAGCAGCGCUUAAAUGAACGUGAUGAAGCCUUCGCACUACAGAAACGCCGUAAAAUGCCCGUGGAUUAUUAUGCGCUGAAAGCUAAGGUAUCAUCACUGGAGCGACGUCAUUCAGAACGAGAAGAGCGUCUACAUAUGCUUGUAGAAGCAUUAAGUAAAGGACGUUUAAAUGGUGCAUUGGAGGAAAUGAUUGCCGAUAACAAUAAUAAAUAA